UUUCACUUUGGGUAAAUUUUUCCCUGAUGACUGUUCGACUCUCAUCUAUGAAGAUGGAGCUGUACAUAACCAUUCUCACCCUAACCACUGUUCUCUCAACUAGUGCUGAACCUGAACAUGCCGCUUUCCUAUAUGCUGGAUGCUCUGAUGUGGAAGAAGAGUUUUACGUUGGAUUUGAUGACGAGGAAUUGGGGCAUGUCGACUUUAAACAGAAGACAGAAGUAGAGACACCACCUGCUUUUGUGGAAACAAAAAACAUAUCAUUUCCCAGAUUUUAUGAAAUCGGUGUUGAUGCAAUAGUAGGAUGCAAACGUGACUUACCAACGUUUCUUGAAACAUUCAAGAGCCUACAACUAGAAAUUGAUCUAGAUGCACCCCAGACAUCCAUCUAUCCAAAGGCAGAUGUUCAGCUGGGUAUUCAGAACACCCUCAUCUGUCAUGUGACUGGCUUCUACCCUCCAUCUGUCAACAUCUCAUGGACUAAGAACAAUGUUAUUGUGACAGAGGGAAUAAGUUUAAGCCAGUACCGUCCAAGGACAGAUGAUACCUUUCACAUCUUCUCCACUCUUAAGUUCACACCUGAAGAAGGAGACAUUUACAGCUGUACUGUGAACCACAAAGCUCUCCAAGGUCAACCUCAGACCAAAAUGUGGGAUGUAGAUGUUGCUCUUCCAAGUGUUGGUCCAGCAGUGUUUUGUGGAGUAGGUCUGUCUCUUGGUCUAAUGGGAGUCAUUUUGGGAACGUUCUUCCUCAUUAAAGCACACAACUGUCACUGAUUAAUGAAGCAAACAUUAAAAAUAUUUAUUAAUUGUUUUAUAACUGAGCAUUUUAAAACAAUAAUAAAAAAGGAUGUGUCAUUCUACAUAAGUCACAAUUGAUGUUAAGCUAUAGCAUUGAAUUAUAUCAAUAUUUUAUUGCCUCUCAAAUUCUUUCAAAUCAUAAAAAACCUUGAUUACUGUGUAACACUAAACAUGAAAAUGACAAAGCUCAAAAAGCCUGAUUUUUUUUUAAUCUUACAAAUGGCAUUCUCAAUUUAUAAGAAGUAAUCUGUACUCAUCACAUGAUCAAAAAAUAUAUUCAGAAGUUUGUGUUUCCUUCUUUGACAAAAAGACAUUUUAAAUAUGAACACUGAAAGAAAUUCUUAUAAGUGUUGUAAUGUGUAAUCUGGGUUUGUUUUCUGUUUUGGUGGUUUUGGAAUCGUGUUUAUGUUCUGUCAUAGUUUUCAAUCAUUUUCCUGUGUUUUAGUUUCCUCAGUGAUUAAUGGUUUGAUUAUCUGUUGCACCUGUUAAAUAGUUUCUCUGAGUAUUUAAGCAUUGUGUUUUUUCUGUUCUUGAUGUGAUCUUGUCAUUAUUAUGUUAGUUGUGCCAAAGAGGUAACACUUUACUUGAAGGGGUGUGCAUAAGACUGACAUGACACGUCAUAAAUAUGAAGGUUUAUGUCAACUGUCAUUAAGUGUCAUUUGCUCAGUUAUGUCAUUUUUAAUGUAAAGAUGACAUUGUUUGAGAUGCCUUUGUUAUGACAACUUGACAUAAACCAAUACAUCAUAACCGGUCAUAAAUCUGUCAUAAACUUGACAUAGCAGAUUAAUUAUCAAACUUAAGAAACUACUUAGCUAUAUUGGUUAAUAUUACAUUAAACUGUCAUGUGGUUGGUUUUGACAUUGGCUGUUAUGAGGCCAUUAUAAUUGUGUCAUGAAUAUUUUCCUGACCACUUUUUUUCAGUGAUACAAAUUGAACUUGUCAUUAAAAUGUCAUUAAGUGUUAA